UAGUAGUAUUAGUAUCGUUUUAUAUUCAACGUGUUUUUAUAGUGAUGCUCAUAGUAGUAUUAGUAUCGUUUUAUAUUCAACGUGUUUUUAUAGUGAUGCUCACAGCUGCCGUCGACACCACGGGACUCGACCUCCCAAGGCGCUGACCUCCAGAAUGGAGACCCCGACGCCAGGCCUCGUCCCCGGCCAGCAGGGGCGGAGCGCAAGCCUGGCCGAUCCAAGGUCAAACUCGAGUUGCGAACCGCAUGACGCAGCUGGUCACGUGACCCCGCCUCGCUCCUCGCUGACCUCUGACCUUGCGGAUAAUGCGUUGCAAAGGAGUCCCGGGCGGGGAGGGGAGGCGGGGGCGGACGACUUGGCGGCGAAACUCGACGGUCUCCGCAUCAUGCAGCAGCGCCCUUGGUACGUGUCGCAGCUAGAGACGCCGCCAGAGUCUGGUCUCCGCCGCAGGAAUGACGUCACGCCCCCCAAGAGCGUCUGCGGCGCCCACGAGCCCGACCCGUGGAGCCGCGUGUACGAGGGCCGGCGCUCGUCCUCGCGGCAGAGGUCGCCCUUGAGGGAGGAAGAGCUGACGCCGGAGACGGAGCGCCUGAAGGAGGUGAUGGGCUUCACGUCCUUCUUCUCCCCGAAAGAUCAAUGGCUUCAGAAGAGCUGUGCGUAUGACGAAGAGGAGGAAGGGCCAGCGGACUUAUUCCACUUGUAG